AUGACUAUAAGCGAAGCUCGUCUAUCACCGCAAGUCAAUCUUCUCCCAAUAAAGAGGCACUCAAACGAAGAGGUAGAGGAGACUGCAGCGAUUCUAAAAAAGCGUACUAUAGAUAAUGAAAAGUGUAAAGACAGCGACCCUGGUUUUGGUUCCCUUCAAAGAAGGUUACUGCAGCAACUUUAUGGCACACUUCCUACGGACGAAAAGAUAAUCUUCACAUAUUUACAAGAUUGUCAACAAGAGAUCGAUAGAAUCAUUAAACAAUCCAUUAUUCAGAAAGAGAGUCAUUCAGUAAUUCUCGUGGGGCCCAGACAAAGUUACAAAACAUACUUAUUAGACUAUGAACUGUCUUUGUUGCAACAAUCUUAUAAAGAGCAGUUUAUAACUAUCAGGUUGAAUGGGUUUAUUCACUCCGAACAAACAGCUAUUAACGGUAUAGCAACUCAAUUGGAACAGCAGUUGCAGAAAAUUCAUGGCAGUGAAGAAAAAAUUGACGAUACUUCAUUAGAGACUAUUAGCAGUGGUUCUUUGACAGAAGUGUUUGAGAAAAUUCUUUUACUCUUAGAUUCGACCACGAAGACAAGAAAUGAAGAUAGUGGUGAGGUUGACAGAGAGAGUAUAACAAAGAUAACAGUUGUUUUUAUAUUCGAUGAAAUUGAUACAUUUGCUGGGCCUGUGAGGCAAACUUUAUUAUACAAUCUUUUUGACAUGGUAGAACAUUCUCGGGUACCUGUUUGCAUUUUUGGCUGCACAACGAAAUUAAAUAUCUUGGAAUAUUUAGAAAAGAGGGUAAAGAGUAGAUUUUCUCAAAGAGUGAUUUAUAUGCCGCAAAUACAGAAUCUAGACGAUAUGGUUGACGCCGUCAGAAAUUUACUUACAGUUCGCUCUGAAAUCUCCCCCUGGGUUUCACAAUGGAAUGAAACGUUGGAAAAAGAACUAUCCGACCCUCGAUCGAAUUUGAAUAGACAUAUUAGGAUGAAUUUCGAAACCUUUAGGUCAUUACCUACAUUGAAAAAUAGCAUAAUUCCAUUAGUAGCGACAUCCAAAAAUUUUGGUUCACUCUGCACUGCCAUAAAAUCGUGUUCUUUUCUUGACAUAUACAAUAAGAACCAACUAUCUAAUAAUUUAACAGGAAGGCUCCAAUCUUUAUCCGAUUUAGAGUUAGCCAUUUUGAUCUCAGCCGCUAGGGUUGCCUUAAGGGCGAAAGACGGAUCUUUUAAUUUUAAUUUAGCUUAUGCAGAGUAUGAAAAGAUGAUUAAAGCUAUCAACUCCAGAAUUCCCACCGUGGCUCCUACUACAAAUGUGGGAACAGGUCAAAGUACUUUUUCUAUCGACAAUACUAUCAAACUAUGGUUGAAAAAGGACGUCAAGAACGUUUGGGAAAAUUUAGUGCAACUGGAUUUUUUUACCGAGAAAUCAGCCGUUGGUUUGAGAGAUAAUGCGACCGCAGCAUUUUACGCUAGCAAUUAUCAAUUUCAGGGCACCAUGAUCCCGUUUGACUUGAGAAGUUACCAGAUGCAGAUCAUUCUUCAGGAAUUAAGAAGAAUUAUCCCCAAAUCUAAUAUGUACUACUCCUGGACACAACUGUGA